CAAAAAGGCUUUGCACUUCCAGCUGCAGCGGAGCAUCACCAGUUCAGAGUUCACCACACCACGCCUUUGACCUCCAGCCCAUAGCCCAAUCCCCCAAGCAUCCUUCCCCGCUAUAAAUCCGCCCCUCUGCUUCCGAUUCGCCACCUAAAGGAGGCGCCUUUCCCCAAAUCCACCAGCCACCACCGAGAACAUAAACGCAGGCAAGCCGCUCGCUUCUCGUCCUCCGGCCAGCUAGACUAGUCCACUCUCUUGCGGCGGCCGCAAUGGAGGGCAGCAGAGCCGGCGCCGGCGACUACAUUGCCAGCCUGCUGAGCUCGUCGCCGAGGCUCGACUUCGGCGUGCUCGGCGCCGCCGACGGCGGCGGGGAGGAGGAGGACUGCCUGGACAAGUUCUGCGGCGACCCGGGGUUCGCGGCGCGCGCGGCGCGGCUGUCCAGCUUCAGCGCGCAGCGCUUCCCCGGCGCCGCGAGCCUCUUCGGCCUGCCCCCGCCGGUGCCCGCCGCGAGCGGCGGCGGCGAGUUCGCUGGCUCCCGGGAGGCGUCGUCGGUGUCGGACCCGGCGUCCGCGAUGAUGAAGGACGCCAAUGCCAAGAAGCGGAAGGCGCCCCCGGCGGCCAAAGGCAAAGGCAAGGAGUCCUCUGUUCAGGCAGGGGAGCAGAAGGAUCCAGACACCAAGAGGUGCAAGACGGAGGGAGGCGAGGGGAAGGAGGGAAGCCCCGUGAAGCCCAAGCCGGAGCAGGCCGGGAGCGACAGCUCCGUCGAGGACGGUGGGCAGACCCAGAAGCCGCCGGGCAAGGGGAAGAAUGCGAAGCUGGUGGAGCCCCCCAAGGACUACGUCCAUGUCCGGGCCAGGAGAGGGCAGGCUACCGACAGCCACAGCCUCGCAGAGAGGGUGAGAAGAGAGAGGAUCAGCCAGAGGAUGAAGGUUCUUCAGGACCUGGUGCCAGGAUGCAACAAGGUGAUUGGCAAGGCACUGAUGCUUGACGAGAUCAUAAACUACGUGCAAUCGCUGCAACGACAAGUCGAGUUCCUCUCCAUGAAGCUUGCAACCGUGAACCCACUUGACUUCAGCAACCUGCCUACCCUCCUACAAAAAGAUAUGUUCCAAGCCUGUGGCCCUUCAGCAAGCUCAGUCUUCUCGCUGGAAAGCUCCAGCUCAGGGUUUCCGUUCAGCGACCAUGGAGAUGUGUUCCAGUCGUUCGUUCCAAACGGCUUGGAGAACCAGUGCGGCCUGAAUCCGUUGGACCUGGCUCUGUCUCAUGCCACCACUGGGCAGUAUGGUUUUCAGGACGGAACAGCCGGCACAACAAACCUGCAGCAAAGAAGCUACUGGGAGGAGGACCUGCAAAGCGUUUUCCACAUCGACAAUAACGGGCAAAGCCAGGAGAACGGGGUUUCAGUUUCAGCACAGAGCUUUCACGGCCAGUUACAAGAAGGCCACAUGAAAAUGGAGUUCUGAUCAGCGUAGACCAACCACCGGCCGAGGGAGCGAUCUGUACAUAGCAAAACUCUAAGUACAACAACAUCAGCGGCGGCGAAGGAAGCUCCGAAGCUCUGAAUCUAGCUAACAAGUCUGUGUAGGCCCUUGGAGACGAAUUCGUUUGCCAUAGCAGCUCAUAACCCUGCCUGCCUGCCUGCGCGCAGGCGCAGGGCGAUGUGAUUCUUUGAACAAUUUCGAUCCGGCGAUCGAUUAUUAAUCAAUACCACGACGAUGAUAGCGUACGUAACGUAACAAUCAGCGAACAGUGAACUUGUCACUUGUGUAUAAGAUAAUGGCGCAGAUAUUAGUAGUAGCAUUACCAACGCUGCUGCUUUUUUUCUCU